AUGCAGGAGGAAGGAGUAAAGCCUGACCUUGUGACAUAUAAUACAUUGAUAUAUGGAUUGUCUAAGUCGGGAAGGGUUAAAGAUGCUAAGAAGUUUUUGAAUGUUAUGAUGGAGGAAGGCCAUGUUCCAGAUGCAGUCACGUAUACUUCGUUAAUGAAUGGGAUGUGUAGAGAAGCAGAUCCAUUAGGGGCAGUGGCUUUGUUGGAGAAAAUGGAAGCACGGGGCUGUGCUCCUAAUUCGUGUACAUAUAAUACAUUGCUUCAUGGGUUAUGUAAGGGAAGAUUGUUGGAUAAGGGAAUGAAACUGUAUGAUGUUAUGAAGCAGAAUAGUACGAAGCUUGAAACAGGAUCUUAUGGAACUUUUCUCAGAGCACUCUGUCGGAAUGGCAGAGUAGCAGAAGCUUAUGACGUUUUUGAUUAUGCAAUAGAGAGCAAGAGUUUGACUGAUGUUGCUGCGUACACAACAUUGGAGAGUACUUUGAAGUGGCUUAAGAAGGCUAGAGAGCAGGGACUUGUCAUUUGA